AUGGACGAAAUCUACAAGCUAUGGACAUCUUAUGGAGACCGCCUCAAUGACAUCCAGUUACAACUAAAUGAUGAUAAAGAACUCCAGAAGGAAAUGCUGCACAUCCAGAUGUUAAACAAAGAACGUAAAAAGCAGUUCCGACGCAACAAAGACCUUAUACAAUCCAAUCUGAAGAGGGAGACAGCCCCGGACAAGAAGGCUGAGUCUGAAGCAUCUCGACAGUCAUAUGUAGCUCCCUCUCAUGCUUCCAAGAAAGCAUCCUCAUCCAAUCCCAAGGACACAUCAGAAACAAAUGCCGGAUCCGAAGUGUCUCGUCGUUCGCAAGCACCAUCUCAGUGGUCACAUGCAGCCCCCUCUCACGCUUCUAAGAGGACAUCCUCAUCUAGUCCAAAAGUUACACAGGGAGAGAAGGCCGCAUCUGUGGGGUCUCAUCGUUCACACACAACAUCUCAACAGUCACACGAAGCUUCCUCCCACGUCUCCAGAAAGGCCUCAUCUUUCCGAUCAAAAGCAGGUAGCAGCGUCUCGCAGCAAUCUUCCCAUUACAGCCAAAGGUCACGGAUAUCUACAGCUGGAGAAGCACUAAUAGAAGCUGAGAUGGCAGAGAUAGAACUAGAGACAGCAAAAGAAAAGCAACUGCUGAAGGAAAAGUUGGCAACCAUGGAAGCAGGGAAGGCAGCUGCAGCAGCCAAAGCUCAGGCAGAGAAGGCAGCUGCAGAAGUCAAAGCUCAGGCAGAGAAGGCAGCUGCUGAAGCCAAAGCUCAGGCAGAGAAGGCAGCUGCAGAAACCAAAGCUCAGGUAGAGUUAGCAACCAUGGAAGCAGAAAAGGCAGCUGCAGCUGCUAAAGUUCAGGCUCAACUGGAAUACCUUCAACGCAAGCGGAAAGCGAAAGAAAGACUAAUACGGGCGAAAGUUCUACAGGCUGAGGCUGGUGGUGCCUUCCUCAACUUCGAUCCUAGGAAGUUAGAAGCAGAGAACCCAGAUGCAUGUGUCGAAGCCUACGUAAACGGCCAACACAUAAUACAACAGGAACAAUCAACAAACCCACAAGCUAACGAGACAGUUGAUUUCAUACAAUCUGCAUCACUCGAUCCUUCCCUUAGAACUGGAGAGCCUAAGCCGACGAACCCAGACACACGAGGCAAUCUCAACCAUGGCCCAGCGACGUCAAACAAUCCUCAGCCAGCAGAGACACAAAUAGUCGCAAGUAGCAACCUCAGCGUCAAGGCAAAAGAAUUCCAGCCAAUACUUCAAGGCAACUUGAACAGGAACGAACAGAAUUAUAAACACAGUCAACCUGCAAAGCAACAACGAAAACAACCUUUGGCUACACAGUGGCAAUAUGAAGUUGCACAGAACCUUUCGGAAGAGAAACACCAGCCAUUCUCAGCCACCAUGCCCACUCCUAUAGACCGCACCUGUUCGAACCAACAGGAUACCACUGGUCCUGAUCCACCCAAAGCUGCAGGGCACACAUUACUGAUUCCCCUGGCAUACCACCCUGGAGCAGAUUGGCAACCUUGCCAGCUGAGAAGAUAG